CAACCGCCGCCUGCGCCUGCGCCUGCGCCUGGGCCGCCGGCGCCGCGCACGCCAUGGGGACCGUGACCGACGACGAAAUCAUACGGAAGCGUCUCCUGAUUGACGGGGAUGGCGCAGGGGAUGAUCGGAGAAUUAAUCUGCUGGUGAAGAGUUUCCUUAAGUGGUGCGGCUCUGGCUCGCAGGAGGAGGGACACAGCCAGUACCAGCGUAUGCUGAGCACGCUGUGGCAAUGUGAAUUUUCCAUGGGCAAAACGUUGCUGGUAUACAACAUGAAUCUCAAAGAAAUGGAGAAUUAUGAAAAAAUUUACAAAGAAAUCGAAUGUAACAUUGCUGGAGCGCAUGAAAAAAUUGCUGAGUGCAAAAAGCAAAUUCUUCAAGCAAAACAAAUACGGAAAAAUCGCCAAGAAUACGAUGCGUUAGCAAAGGUCAUUGAGCAGCAUCCAGACAGGCAUGAGACUUUAAAGAAACUAGAGUCUCUGGGGAAGGAGUUGGAGCGUCUUUCACACAUUAAAGAGAGUGUUGAAGAUAAGCUGGAAUUGAGACGUAAACAGUUUCAUGCUCUUCUCAGUAACAUCCAGGAACUGCAACAAACUUUGGAAAAUGAUGAGAAGCUUCCAGAGACAGAAGCUCACAGAACAAGCGUGGAAGCAGAUCCCAAGCCAGGGACAAGCUCAUCCCUCUUCAUUCCUGAGACUACUGAAACAGCGACGUGAUCUUAAGAUAGAUUUAGAAUGUGUGGUGCUCUUGAGAUACUUAAAGUGUUGGCAGUGAAAUUCUUUUGCUUUUAGGUAUUAAUGCAGAUUUCAUAUUUCUUCACAUGAAGAUGACUUCAGUAUAGAUUUGUUUUUGUUGAAAUGCAUUUUUUUUUAAUUCUAGAAAGCAGUAUUCCAAAAUGCUUAAUAAAAUGUUUACAAGCUGGAAAAAAAAAAAAACCUGAGUGUGAUGUCAGUUGUGGGAUGGUGAAUAAAGUACUGGGUUUGGAGUCAGGACAGAACUUCAAUCUUUGGGCAAGUUUCUUCAAAGUAAAUUAAUCCCCAACUGUUAGAUGAGCUGCAUAUGGGCAAGCACCUAGUUUGGUGCCUGGUGCACAUUGCGUACUCAGUAUAUGUUUCUUAAAUGAAGAAUUUGAUCAAAGAAUUGAAUCCCCCUGUCCCUUUUUGAGCCUGCUAUACCGACAAUGAGUUCCCUUUGAUCUGUAGGUCUCAAAUUCAUUCUUGGCCUAUGGGACCAACGACCCUGCUCCUCUCAGUGUGUUUAAAUACCAAAGCCCUAGGAGAGAGUAUUAGAUUGGCCAAGCUUCUGUCAUGCCCCAGGAGGGCAGAGAGAGGAAGUUUCUGUUGGAUGUCUUCUCCAAGGACAGCUGCAGCUUCCUUAAUGAGAGGAGAGAUUCUUGCAUCUGGCCAAUGCGUGAUGGGGAAUCGCUAAAAAAUUGAAUUCAAAGGUUAAUUUACCACCAAAUGGCCACAAUGCACUUCAAAAUCACAUACGUUCCUGGAGUUAAUUCUCAGGGAUUGUGCGAGGCUUUUCUCUGCUCCGUUGGCGGGAAUGAUUAGAUGUGACUACAAAAACUCCAGAGCUUCGCCAUCAACCACGGUUAUUUACGGAGCUAGAGCCAGAGAGAAGAGCUGGGGAUGUGGAGAGGUGGCGGGUCCCUGGUCUCAGCCAUGGAGACCUUACUACAGCAGUUUUCACUUAGGAAUCCACACACCUGCUUGCUGAAACCUCUCUCGGGGCCCAGAUGGCAGGUAUACAUCCAUGCGCCUUGUGAAAAGGCGUUUUAAAGCAUUAGACUAUCUUGAUAAUUUUCAGGCUUUAAUAUGCUUUCCUGUUGCCUUGACUCUUGUAAAGUGAAUGUUUAUGUCCUCUGAUUAUGAGUUUAUUAUGAUUAUGAAAAUCCCGUGGAAUCUUAUCCCCUGGUGUUCAGGCUCACAACUGGGUUACAUUAAGAUGGUAUCCAAGUGGCAGCUGCUUCUCUGGAAGCCCAGACCCUCCUACCCACGAGCAGGAUUCAGCUCGCUCCAGGCGAGCGCUGUUCUAUGUAGUGCAGUUUUGGGCCCUGGCAGGUUGUCACAAGAGUAGUUUUGUCGCUCCCUCUCUUCAUGGAGGAAUGACACUAAACCCUGCCUAGGCUUCACAUCCGAGUCACGGCACCAUUAUGUCGCUCCCCCUCUUCGCGGAGGAACGACACAGGACCCUGCGCUGUUCUUUCAUCUGCUCGGCCCUCCCCGGGUUUGCUGCUGGUUCUUCCCGGGUUGGCUACUGUCCCUUCCACCUCCGUGGAAGGGCGGUUCCCCCUGCCACAUUCCCCACUUCCGCGGGGGAGCGGCACACCGCCGGCCGGCUCUCUCGGGGGCUGUACAGGUGUUCCUUCAGAUAGAUGUUCCCCUUAGAUGUUCCUGGUGCAUGUUCUCUCUCUCCUCCUUUAUAGUCCUCCUCUGCCAAUCCUAACUCGGCUGCCCACACGCCGAGUACGCUGCUCUCCUCCAAUCAGGAGCAGGAUCAGCUCCUGGAGGUCAUCACUCAAGUUGGCAAGAGGCAGCUGCGUAGAAGCUGUUUUCUCCUCUCCCAGCGCCAUAUUGUGGGAGAGCAGAUGCAUAGAAUAAGUCUUAAUUCCAGUAACUUAGUCCAGUCCGGGUUGCUCCCCACAAGUUUGAGACCAGCACCCAAGCUAGGCCUGCUUCUGUUGGCCAUUGCUCAAGUCUAGAGGGGUGUUGCUGAAGGCUCUUUUUGUUAUGGGCUGGGUUGGGCCUAAAUUAAUUUCCCAGACUCUUGCCUUUUACUUAGAGAAUAAUUUUUUUUUUUUUUGACAGGCAGAGUGGAUAGUAGCUAGUGGAUCGGCGUAGCUCCGCCCGUAGCGGCCAUUUGGGGGGUGAGCCAACGGAAGGAAGACCUUUCUCUCUGUCUCUCCCUCUCACUGUCUGUAACUCUACCUGUCAAAUAAAUAAAUAAUCUUUAAAAAAAAAGCAUUAAGUCUUAAAAAGUUAUGUUAAAUAUCAUUAUGAUCAGAUCUGUUCUAAAAGUAUUAUAAUCGCCCUGACUAAAUGUUAAGAAAUUCUAUUUUGACCAGAUACUCUAAGUUCUCUUGGCACCUUUAACAGAUUUUCUGAAAAUCAAAGUUUAAAAUUCUCCAGACUUUUGAUACCUCCAGAGGGGCCCCUGGAGAUGUCAAAAGAUAUAUCUCUCAUCUCGCAGAGAUAAUAACCAAUUGGGCUGUUUAGAUUAAAAGUGGUGCCAAGAUGUGAAAUGAUGCUAAACUUCAGUUAUAAACGUGUUUCUUCCUCGCUGCUCCAGUCUCUGGCUCAGAAGCCAGAUCCUUUAAAGAGGGACUGACAAAGUCUAAGAAGCGUCCCAUGGUCGUGAUUUACAUCACCUUAAUGCCCAGACCUUAGGACUAAGAUAUGGAAUCACCCAGGAACAGGCAAGGCAAAUUGUAAAAUCCUGCCCUUCCUGUGUUACAUUUCUCCGGGUCCCUCACUAUGGUGUAAAUCCUAGAGGAUUUAUGCCUAAUCAGCUUUGGCAGAUGGAUGUUACCCAUUUUCCUAAAUUUGGUAAGCUAAAAUACAUACAUGUCUCUUUAAAUAACAUGUUCAGGUUUUGUUUUCGCCACCCCGCAAUCGGGUGAGGCUGCCAAACAUGUCAUCUCUCAUUGCCUUCAGGCCUUUGCUGUUUUAGGAACCCCUAUACAAAUAAAAAUUGAUAAUGGCCCAACAUAUAAGCACUUCUGUACUAACUUCCACAUCUCUCAUAUCACUGGGAUUCCUUAUAAUCCCCAGGGACAAGGUAUUGUGGAAUGUGCACACGCCACAUUAAUAAAAUUAUUUACAAAAAAUAAAAAAGGGGGAAUACAGGACCAUAGCACAUUCCCCACAAAAAUGGCUAUCACAUGCUCUUUUCAUUUUAAAUUUUUUAAUACUGGAUAAUCAAGGGAAAUCUGUGGCCGAUCGUCACUGGCAUCCUGAAACCAAAAGACAACAAGUCUAUGUGAAGUGGAAAGACCCUCUAACUGCUCAAUGGUAUAGACCUGACCCUGUUUUAAUAUGGGGAUGUGGACAUGUUUCUAUAUUCUCGUGGAAAGACAAUGAAGUGCGGUGGUUACCUGAGCCACUGGUGCGGCAAACAGACAAUGUCACGAAGCAGCCCCUUGAUCUUCAUCAUGAUAACAUUACUGAUCGGGAUCCCCCUGAAAAUGAAUGAAGCUUGCCGGCUCACAUCAGGCCAAACCUACGUUACCACCUCUGUUGGUUCGCC